UCUACAGGACGACUAUGUCUUGCCCCGCACCGAUCCGACCCCGACGACCUGCCCCGCCGGUUUGCCCACAUCAUCACCUUCUCCGGUCGCCGAUGCGAGAUGUCUGACCAGGAGGGGGCGGCCCCCCCGCCGAAAGGUGUAGUGCCAGACUUUCAGCACCCGCAAGAUGUACUGCAUACGAUCAAUCUGGUGUCGCAAAUUCUUUCAAUUGUGUCUGUCAGCAUCUUCAUGAUGCUGCGCAUUUAUGCGAAAGCUUUGAUCGCGCCGCCGUUCUAUUUGGAUGACUGGAUGGCAGUCAUCGCUUGGAUAUUGUCCAUCGGCUACAGUGCGACGGCGCUCGUGAUGCAACACUAUGGAGGUGGCUUUCACGUUUGGGAGAUAUCAAAGGAGGAAUACGUUGGCUUCUUGAAGGGGCUGUAUGCCGACACGCUCGUAUACGGUCCCAACUCCUACUUCACGAAACUCGCGCUGUUACUCAUCGUGGUCCGGGUCUUUAGACUGAACAGGAAAACCAUCAUCAGCACAUAUGCCGUCAUAAUGUUCAUGACUGGAUAUUAUGUACCGGUCCUCUUUCUUAAAACCUUCAUUUGUCAUCCGAUUGCAGGAUAUUGGGAUUCCACACUCAACGCCACCUGCUUGAACCAGCGGGCCAUCUUCGUAGCUGACACAGCCGUCAGUGCCAUCACGGACACUGCCGUCUUAUGUCUGCCGAUCCCCGUGGCUCUAAGCUUGCGAAUGCCCUGGACGAAACGGCUCAAGGUUAUCCUCAUGCUCAGCGCCGGGGGCCUCGCUACAGCAGCAAGCAUUGUUCGGAUGAUUCUUGUGCUCCAAUUACAAAAGUCAGACGAUGAGCCAGUGGACUUUAUUCGCUUCAAUCUGCUCGGGACUGCUGAAGUAAGCAUAGGCAUGAUCUGCGCAUGUCUCCCAGCCAUGAAUAUUUUGUUCAUGCACGGAUGCAAUGGCUCGCAACAAUCGAAUCGGAGCACCGGCCAGAGCACCAAAAAGUACUUUGAGCUCAAAUUUCUCAUGGGCAGCAAGCUACAGACACAAAUUUUGACGGCGGCCAAUACUACCGGGCCUGUACUUGGAAGCACUGCAGAACUCAUUGCGCAGGAACGGAGAGAUCCCAUCUUUCCUGUAGAAAGAAUGAGCCGGGGUACCUCGGCCGUUCAAGGAGAUGUGGAAAGAGGCCCGUCACCGGACGAGUGGUUCUCAAAAGUCACGGCGUCGCCUUUCUCGGAACCUGGAUCUCCGGAAUGGGCACGGAAGGGUUCAGUAGGACGCAGGGGAACAAUCACAGAAUCAGAGUAA